UUGUAUGCAAAUAUGAGACCUUUUCACUUUUGACUUUCUUCUCGCUCGAAAAUCGGCAUUAUUUUUAUUGAUAUUAUUAACGAGAGGUUAUAUAUUUAGUAGAUUUUGAUUGCUAAGUCAAAUGUUACUAAUAAUACCUGUUCAUUUUGAUACAGAUUUAUGGUUUUGGCCGGCGUUUUUUUCUCUUCACUCUCCUUCAUUGUGUUGCCGUCGAUGUUUUUGUUGCUGUUGUUGUUGCUGUUGGUGUUCAGCAUACCAUGAACUCCUUUCGUUCGAUGAAGCUUUCUCACAGGCUUGAACCGUCAAUGGACAAAAGUAAAACUGCUUGGGUAGAGGCGAUUUUUGAAUGUCGAAAGCGUUGAUGGUCAGUGCUUCAUGUUAUGGUGCUUCGUGUGUGCCCGAAUGUCUGAGUCUGUGCAGUGCACACAUUCGAUAUUUUCCGAUUUCAGAAUUCAUUUUAGUUCGGGUCGGUUUUUUUUCACGGUAAUACAAAUCAAAAAACGUAUCCAAAGCCUUAGACGCGCUUAGAACUCAAUCGAGUGCGAACGCAAUUUUAUCGAAUACGCUCGCUUGGCGGGUGAAUAUCGUGUGUGAGUGUGUGUGUUUGUGUUGCGUGUCUUUGACGAUUCGUGGAUUUAAGUCAGUCGUUCGCGGUCCUUUUUGCUAGUUGUAAUCAAAAUUUAUACAGUUGUUACCAUUAGGCGGCAAAAUAAAUUCGAUCUUUUUGUUUUAUUCGUUUUUUUCCCGUUUGUGCACAAAUGAAAGAAACAUGAAUCCGAUUUAAGCAAAGUGUUUUAACGUAUGUGAGUUGGUUGGUGUGCGAGUGCGUGUGCUUUGUUUUUCAACUGUCGUUGUGCAGAAACUCAAUUUUAAUCGGAGUAUUAAAGUACUUUGAAAUGUGAUUAAGAAAAUAGGAUUAAAGUAUUCGAGUGACAGUUUUUGUUGUGUUCAAAUUUCUGCAUCGCUCACAUAAGUUCGUCAGCACAUUAUAAACUGGAUACAUUUUAUCGCUGAAUAACACUGAAUAUAUUCCGGAUUCCAGUUUUCGCAUCGAAUUAGUAAGGAGUUUGAAAUGACAACAUGGAGGCGAGCUGGAUAGAGCAACCGAUUUCAUGACGACUGAAUUAUAAAUUUCAAUCUACUUCCUUUUGACUUUAAUGAGGCACACUCGCUUUACUUUACCAAACUUAACAGAGUGGUUUAUUUGUUUGUUUUUUUUUUUCAUUUUGUGUGUGUCAAUGAAAGAAAAUCGAUUUCGUGAGUGCUUCAAAACGAAUAAUUCUAUAUACAACCGAAAAGAGCAGAAAAAAUGACUUAAUUUUAAAUUUCGUCCAAUUACACCGAAAAUCAAUCGCAUGGUUUCUUUUACUAUUUGUCCAGUUACAGAAAAGUGUUUGUUUUGCCGUGUGCUCUCGACACAAUCACUCAAACGAUUCUCUCAGCGCACCGGUUCAAACACACGUUGAUUUUUUAUUUUGAUGUAAAAAAAAAAUUCGUUUUCUGACAGCAAUUAUGCUGAGUACAAUUUUAUGACGCCGUCAACAUAUUCCAUACACGCGACAACUUUCAAACUAAGGGACACCAUCAGAAUGAAAAACGUAACCAAACUAUGGACCGGAAUUGUAUUAUUACAGUGUAUUGUUGUUGCACUAGCAGCCGACCCAAAAUUCGAUCCGACAACACGUAUGCGAUUAGUUUUAGUGCCAGCUGAUGCACAAGUUGGAUCAGUCAUUUACCGCCUGCGUGCAUCCGAUGAAGAAUUUGAUUAUCCACUGACAUUUGAACUUGUUGAUGGUGCGUCAUCGUCAACGGUUCAAAUAGAAAAUUUAGAAUGUACGAAAUAUAAUUCGAUAUGCCAAGCGAAUGUGGUGUUGAUCCGGCGAUUGGAACCAGGACGAUACUAUGAUUUCAAGGUCUCUGUUAAAGAUACCAAAGGUGGUAUGACACAGCAAAGCUGUUCAAUAACAGCUACUAAUUAUACGACCCCGCAUGAUCUAAUAUUCCCACAUAAAGCUGGCAUUAUUAUGGUGCCUGAGGAUGCGAAACGCGGCACAAUGCUCGACUAUGUCAUUGCGCGUAAGAAUCCUCUCUACUCGAAAGAUGUGAUUUUAGAGCUACAUGGAUCACCAUUGUUUGCAAUUCGCCAAAAAAUCGUAUCGCCACAGACUACGGAAGGUACCAUCAUCUUGCUUGGACCGUUGGACUUUGAAAUGAGAUCCAUGUAUCAUUUGACAAUACUCGCAAAUGAUGCAUAUGCGGAGCCGGGACAAGAUACUCGAAACAUUGCCGGGCUCGAAGUAGUCGUUAUCGUACAGGAUGUACAAGAUGUGCCACCAAUUUUUACAACUGCUCCGCCAGUUACUAGGCUUCCAGCUUCUCUACUGCCAGGUGAUAAGAUUUUGCAUGUUCAUGCCGAAGAUGGAGAUAAAGGGAAUCCGCGAGAGAUAAGAUAUGGGCUGGUUUCGGAGGGCAAUCCGUUCACAUCAUUCUUUAAUAUUAAUGAUACCACCGGUGAAAUAUUUUUGCUGAAGCCCAUCGACGAAAUAUCAGCCAUUACGCAUGUUGGUGACCCAGUGCUGUUGACAGUUAUUGCCGAAGAAGUGAAAACUUCGCGUGAUGAACCGCCGGCCAUGGCAACAACCGUUCAAUUGGCGCUUUUUCUGCCCGAACGUGUUAAUUCACCACCUUAUUUUGAAAAUGACCACUAUGUGGCGAGAAUCGAUGAAAACGCACUGCAAGGGACGGCUUUAAUAUUCAACGAUCCGUAUAUUCCGCGCGUUUAUGAUGACGAUACCGGUAAAAAUGGUGUGUUUUCAUUAACACUGCUUGGGAAUAAUGGUACCUUUGAAAUAUCGCCAAAUGUUGCCGAACGCCGUGCCAAUUUUCUUAUUUAUGUUCGUGAUAAUCAUCUUCUUGAUUAUGAAACAAGACAUUCCGUUCGGUUUCAAAUUCUCGCCCAAGAGCUCGGUCCAGCCACCAAUCUAUCAAGUUUGGUGAAUGUCAUCACUUAUAUCAAUGAUUUGAAUGAUAAUCAACCGGUAUUCGAGAGAGACAUGUACAUCGCUGAAAUACCAGAGAAUAUCACAGCCGGUCGCAGAGUUAUAGAGGUGCAUGCGACUGAUAUUGAUACAGGUGCGGGUGGUCGAAUUCGAUACACACAAAUCUUGGGCUACCUAAAUACAUCGCUAAAUCUCAAUUCCGACAACGGUAUGAUCAUUAUAUCGACCGAUAAUCAUGGAUUCGAUCGCGAAAUGAUGCCUGAAUACCAUUUGUAUGUGGAGGCUCGUGACAAUGACGGAACCGGGAACAGUGCUCAAGUUCCGUUGGUGCUAAAAAUCAUCGAUGUCAAUGAUAAUGCACCGAUUUUCGAAAAGCCAAUUUAUGAAUUCAUUCUCUCAUCGAAUUUGCGAAAUUUCACAAUACCGGCAUUUGUGAAGGCCAUCGAUGCUGAUGCCGAAGAGCCAAACAAUGUUGUACGAUAUGAAAUCAUAAGCGGAAAUUACGAUAAUAAAUUUCGAUUGGACAAAUAUACAGGUCAGUUAAUGCUGAUAUCGGCGCUAGUUGAUCGACCAAAGUCACCAGCGAAUCGUCUAUCACGCGAUGCAGAUGUUUACACGCUGACUAUACGCGCAUACGAUUUGGGUGUGCCAGUUAUGUUCUCAACGAUAAAUGUUCGCAUUUAUCCACCCGAAAGUAAAACGCGAAGCGUUACAUUUGUUUUGCCCGGUCACAAUAUAGACCGCAAAAAGACUGAAGAUAUUUUAUCAACAAUUACCGGCGGCCGGGUGAUUAUCCAUGAUAUCCAACCGUACAAUGAGGAUCAUUCGAACGAAGGCGGUGCUGACGAUUCCGAUGGCAGCAAUAUCAAAAUUAUCGAUGGCGCAAAUAAUAAAAAAGAUCUGAGUGUAGUUACCGCAACCGUUUUGUAUGACAGCAAUUCAAUUGUGGACAUUUCGCAAAUACAAAAAAGGUUGUCACUGAAUAAUUCCACGUCUGGCAUUUCUAUUCGGGAUAAUACCGAUGCUGAGAAUGUUUAUAAGGCUGAAAAUCGAGUGCUAUUUUGGUUACUCGUUUGCUUCGCCAUUUUGAUAGCUCUAGCCAUUUUAACAUUAUUGUUAUGUUGUGCAUGCCCAUGGUGUCCGUUGUACAAUGCAACUAGAAAAAAUGUGAUUAGGGACCGUAGUACUGAAGACGAUGUUCAUCUAGUUCAUAGAGAGUUGGACGUAGGCAAACAGACAAAUAAAUCUGUUCAGGUGGCGGAAUGGAUGGGCAGACGAGAAGCAUGGUCAGCAGAGAAAUCAUCGGACUCACGGACAAAACCAACACACUGGGAAUUUCGUCGGCGAGACGAACAUCGCGAAGACAUAGAAGGCGACAGCCAACACGAAACUAGUACAAAACGUGUACGCUCAGCCGAAGAUAAACGAACGGUGAAAAUUAAAAAUAAUUUCAAAGACGUGAGAGCAGCCAAAGAAACACAAUUCCAUAGUUCCCGUACCAAUCUGAUAAGCGAACGUGAAGUAUAUGCCGAUGACACUGAUUUAGAAUUCGAACAAAGAAAAAAGCAUAUCGACGAUUUGGAUUCGAUGCGUCGUCAUGAAAUCGAUCGCGGAAGUGAUGUUGGCUACGAGCCAAGAUCAAGCCUCAAGCGACACGACGAUGAGGCAACGCUUAAUCGGGAUCAGUAUUUUAUAAAGGAGGGUAAUGCAGAAAUUCUUCGAUUGAUAACACGUGGCAAAAAUGACGACGAAAAUAUCUAUGUGAACAUUCCGCCGCAGCAGCCGCAAUACAUAAUGGUUGAAAAUGGUGGCAAAGAAAUUCUCAUGAGACGUUUCAUUGACGAACAAGUUAAUGGCAAACACAUUAUUCGCGAACAUUACCAAAUCGUGCCCACACUUCAGACACAGAAAAUUGGCGACGAAAUGCAAACGGCUCCACAUGUUUCGGAGAUUUAUGUGAACAAAUCACAGGCAGGCAGCAUGAUUUACUCGCAGCCCGAUCAACAACCAGAACAGAAAAUUAUUCACACCAAUUCCGCUCAGACGGCACCAAAUUUAAGCGUUCCUGAGGUGCAGUUACAGCAUGCGUACUCCAGUCAAUCGUUGAUCCAACAAGAAUUGGAGAAUUCACUAAAGCAACAGAAUGCACUGUUGCGCCAAAUUUUAUUGGAAAAAGAGAAAUUGCAAGAGAAAUACAGUCAACAGGAGAUUGCGCUGGAAACACAAAGCCUCCCUGGCCAUUCGACGGCCAUUGCAACGCAGACGGAUUGCGAUGCGGGCACACAAACCGACAUGGUUUCAAUGAAGCCGACUCGGCGAAGGGCUCGUAGCGAAAAUGAUGAUUCAAUGUCAGAAGAUGAAUUCGAAUACAUUCGAUACAGUCCACCAAACAGCCCCGAAGGUGUCUAUUGGAUAAAAAGAAAGAAACAUAAAAAGAAAACGAGAUACAGAAUGUCGGAUAAGCCGCGGAAGCGUGUAGUCAUGGUUGAACAGAUUAAGCGAAAAAUCCGCACUCCGAUCAAGGAAGAGAGUGAAGAAUUCGUUGGCCAUUCACCGCAACGAACAUAUUUUGAAACGAAGACCAGCAUUUUGCGACGAUUAAAAAACGAAAAAUCACCACAUAAACACGGCCACAAACACAAAAGCAGUCAAUCGGCCGGGCUAAAAAAGGAUGUUCUGAUGGAAAUAUCGGAUUCGUUCGAUGAAUAUCAGCCAGAAUACAAUACGAAUAGCUCGGAGAGAAGAAGAAAUUUCCAAAAGGGACACUCCAAAAAAGUGGAAUACUAUGAAGAUAGUGACGAGGCAAACUUGGAAUCUGACAGUGAAAUAGUCAUUCGUCGAAACCACUAUUCGGCUGAUAGUCUUGAAGAUCAUUCGGAUAUGGAAGAGAUGGCGCGCCAAGAGAAGCAACGAAACUAUCGUAAUAUAUUAUUUUCGCGACAAGGCUCUUCAACGGAAGCCAAAGAAGCGGCCGGAUAUUAUGAAUCGGAUGGCAGACGAUACGUACACAGUGUCACAUCGACUCCAGCAUCGAAACGAAUUUCGCGCAAAGAGACCGAGCCCAGUCAAGAACGAGAAACACGUCGCCAAACAACAUCUGAACCACCUAAUCGAUCGAAACCACAGAAGGCUCCAAAACAACCGCCGGAACAUCGUCACGCAAAACGUGUAGUUGCACAAAGCGAAGCCGAUUUAAUCAAUUGCAUGCGAGACGAUGGAUUUGAGGUGUCAAAACAUGUGUCAGCACCACGAUACAUGGAAUGGUAUUACAAUAAAUCGAAGGAGAGCGAUUUGGAAAAGAAGCGCUUAGAUGAUUAUCGAAAUGAAAAGGAGAAGAGUAAAGUUGGUAACAAAAAAAUGGUCGGCGGCAUUGAAAAACGCAUCAAAUCGAAAGCGGCACGCUCUAGUGAACCAGUUACAAAACCAGAUCCAAUGCCAAGAACAGCACCACCGCCAAAAGGAGCACGAAUGCUAAAAGAAGAUGUAAAAAAGAAUAAAUCAUUUGCGCAAAAGGCUCAAACCGAUACCAACCACCCGUUGCUGCAAUACUCAGAGCAUCGAUAUGAGCACGAGUACAGCGGUGCCAGCGAUAUCCCUGUGCCACCUACUAAACUUCCACAUUAUAUGUACCCCGAAACGCCACCACUACCCAGCAUCGAAAGUAGUCGAAAGAGUAAAAACCAGGACAAGGCCAAACCGAAACCGUCACCAAUACACGAGCAUGAAGUGAAAGAGCAUUCAUCACGACACUCAUCCCAAAGUGAAAUCAAUUCCAAUCAAAAUGCCUCAAAACAAUUGAACGCAUCCACGCUGGAAGAUGAUCACGAUUCUGGCAUUGCAAUGAAUUCGUUACUGCACAGUUUGGGCAAACGAAAUCCAAUCGCUGACAAAAAAAGUGUAUUCACCAUUGCCUACGACGAAGCGAAAAUCAGCAAAAUACAAUCCGAAAGUGAUUCGCCACAAGUUUCAUGAAUAUUUUCAUAAUUUCGCUGCUCAAUCAAUAUGAAAUACCGAUGUCUGAUUAAAUUAUUAUUUAUCUCAGCGCCUGUGCAGAAAUGCUACUUUUUGUUAAAUGAAUAUCACAUUUGACGAGUUUAGAUAAAACAAUGACGAUUUUCUGAUGAUAUUAUACGCUAAGCGUUCCCAAAUUAAAUUUAACUCAUGUAAAUAAAUUAUUGGAAAUGUCCUACAACUGCCAUACAUUUAACCAUUUUUCUAGGUAAAUUAGAUAUUACCUGUAAACAAAAUUUUAGCGCAUACAAUGUAUUAACAAUGUUGGCUCUAAGAUUUUCAUUUUCAUUUAAAUUUGAAAUUAGCAUUUUAUUUUAGGAAUCCAGGUUAAAUACAAUCAGUUCUUCAUUUGGCAAAUUUCGCAUGAGAAAGAGGCCUUGCAUCAUUCGUCUUGAGAAACGGAUAUCAAGAUGUUGAAUUAGAAAAUAUACAACUAAAUUGUAAAUAAAUUAGUAUGAUGCAGUUAUGAUUUGAGUUAAGCCAAGAAAUUGGGAAAUAAACACAUUCUUCGUUAAUAAAAAAA